GCAUAGGGUGUCAAGGGCGUGGACUCAUUUUCAUUAUAAAAAGGACUCCUUAAAAGAAAAGAGCGAAGACAGUUCUGUGGGACAGCAUCACAACUACGGAAAUUUAAAGCAAGAAUCAAGAACAGAAUUUUACAAAGUUAAUGGCCAACCAUAAUGCAAUACUGAGUGGAAUAGAUCUGCAGUGUUAUGAGAAUAACCAUGCUCAUCACACAGAGGAGAUGGAAAUGGAGCGUCUGCUGGUGCGCAGAGGUCAACCCUUCUCUGUGGUGCUGCAGUGUAAUGAACACAUCCCGCAGCCUCCGGACCACCAGCUCAAUCUGAUCCUGCACCUGGGUAAGAAUAAUGAAGUGAUUUUGAAGGUGUCAGAUUCAGAGCAAGACCAUGAGAAAUGGUGGUUCAGUCAGCGUAAUGCUCAGGGUGAGGUGAUGCUGACCCUCCACAGCCCUGCUGAUGCUCCUGUGGGUCUGUACCACAUGGCUGUGGUUCUGCUCUCAGCUGAUGGACAGAUCAUGGCGCAAACCAAGCCUCAGACCUUCUACCUGCUUUUCAAUCCCUGGUGCAAAGAGGAUGCAGUGUACCUCCCUAGUGAGGAACUGUUGCAGGAGUACAUUUUAAAUGAAAAUGGAAUCUUGUACCAGGGCUCUUGGGAUGACAUCACCACCGUGCCCUGGAACUUUGGACAGUUUGAAAAAGAUAUGGUGGAUAUUUGCUUUGAAGUACUGGACAAUUCACCCACAGCCAUGAAAUAUUCAGAGAUGGACAUCGCCAACAGAGCAAGCCCAAUUUAUGUUAGCAGGACAGUUACAGCCAUGGUGAAUGCUAAUGAUGAUCGGGGAGUGGUAUCUGGGCGCUGGGACGGAGAGUACAGUGAUGGGGUGGCACCCACACAUUGGACUGGCAGUGUACCCAUCCUGAAGCACUGGAGUGAGGGUGGGGGACAGAAGGUGCGCUAUGGCCAGUGUUGGGUAUUUACAGGGGUGGCCUGCACAGUCCUCCGCUGUCUCGGCAUUCCAACCAGAUGUAUAACUAAUUACUCAUCUGCUCAUGACACUAACGCAAACAUUGCUGUGGAUUACCUUUUCAACGAACAGCUGGAAAGUGUGUCUGAAGGCAGGAAGGACACAAUCUGGAAUUACCACUGUUGGGUUGAGUCCUGGAUGAAACGUGAUGAUCUCAUGGAAGGUUACGAUGGCUGGCAGGUGCUAGAUCCAACCCCUCAAGAAAGAAGUGAUGGAGUGUUCUGCUGUGGGCCUUGCCCAGUCCGAGCAGUCAAAGAGGGCGAAGUUGGGUUGAAAUACGACAUCCCAUUUGUGUUCUCUGAGGUAAACGCAGAUCUCGUUGUCUGGAUUAUUCAUCCAGAUGGGGAGCGAACUCAAGUGUCCCAGAAUAGCAAAACGGUAGGGCGGAACAUCAGCACUAAGAGUGUCUAUGGUGAUUUCAGAGAAGACAUUACUGCGAACUACAAAUAUCCUGAAGGCUCAAUGAAGGAGCGAGAGGUUUAUAAAAAGGCAGGAAGACAAGUGGCUCAACAGAAUGAAGAUCCAGGGCAGCUUGAGCUCUUCAUCAAGCAUGCUCCAGCUAUCCACGGCACAGACUUUGAUGUGAUCAUAGAGGUGUAUAAUGCUGGUGGGGAGGACACAGAUGCACAGCUCACAGUCACAUCGAACGCAGUAACCUAUAAUAGCAUCCACAGGGGAGAGUGCCAGAGAAAGACAACCUCUCUCACAGUGUCAGCUCACAAAGCACAUAAAGAGGUGCUGCGACUUCAAUAUGACCAUUAUGGAGUAUGUGUGUCUGAGCAUCACAUCAUUAGGGUCACAGCGCUCCUCCAACCCAGUACACAGGACAACAUCAUCCUGCAAGAAAUCAACAUUCCCUUGAAAAUGCCCACACUUCAUAUCAAGAUUAUUGGAACAGCGAUUGUAUCACGUAAGCUGACGGCACACAUCUCCUUCACCAAUCCGCUGCCUGUUAGUCUUAAAGGAGGUGUGUUUACUGUCGAAGGGGCAGGGCUAACAGAAGCAAAGGAAAUAAAAACACAUAGUAAUAUUGAACCUGGUCAGAAUGUGAUGGUGAAAUUCUCUUUCAAACCUACCCGUGUUGGACUGAGGAAACUGCUCAUCGACUUUGACUCAGACAGAUUGAGAGAUGUCAAAGGAGAAGCCACUAUCAUUAUUCGCCGAAAAAAGAAAAACAUGAAUGCUCUCCCAGAAAUCUAGGCAAGCAUGUACAAUAUACUGUAGACAGCCACAGACUAUUCAGUGUAAUUCACACAGUUGUAAAAGAUCAAAUGAAACAGUUGUGUUAAAAGGACAGUUCAUCCAAAAAUUUAAAUUCUGUCAUCAUUUACUCACCCUCAUGUUAUUCCAAACCUGUAUGACUUUCUUUCCUCCGUAGAACACAAAAGAAGAAUUUUAGCCUUGGUAACCAUUUACUUAUAUUGCAACUUUUUUCUAUACAAUGAAAUAAAUAUUUAGUGAGGCGGUCAGUCCCUAACAUACUGCCACAGAAUAGCCACAGAUCGUCACUCACAUGUCUGCUUCUUGCAUGGCAUCAUGUGACCCCCGACUCCGGUAUUUUAAUCUAUGUCUUCAGCAGCAAUAUGAUAGGUGUGGGUAAAAAAACAGAUCAAUAUUUAAGUCCUUUUUUACUAUCAAUCUCCACAUUCACUUUCACAUUCUUCUUUUGUUUUUGGCAAUUCACAUUCUUUGUGCAUAUCGCCGUCUACUGGUCAAAUGUGGAAAUGUAUUGUAAAAAAGGACUUAGAUCUGUUUCUUUUUAUCACCCACAGCUUUCAUAUCACUUCUGAAGAUAUGGAUUUAACCACUGGAGUCGUAUGGAUUGCUUUUAGGCUGCCUUUAUGUGCUUUUUGGAGCUUCCGAAUUUUGGUCACCAUUCACUUGCAUUGUAUGGACCUACAGAGUUCAAAAAAUCAUACACAUCAGGGUUGGCAUGAGGUUGAGUAAAUGAUGAGAUUUUUCACUUUUGAGCGAACUAUCCCUUUAAAAUGUAUAAUUUAUCCAUAACCAAUGUAUAUAUGAUGAUAAAUAUGAUCUCUUAAAAAUAAAAUAAAUAAAAUAAAAAAUAAAAUACCAAAAAGUACUAUGAUAUUAGCAUGUUUCUUUUUGGACAUGUACCAUGGCAAUAUCAUGUUUUUAUACAUGUUCCAUAGUAAUGCCAUGGUAUUCUAUGAAGCCCCUUGGAGAACCAUGUAAUUACCAUGGUACAUGAAUUUGGUAAUCAUUCACUAUCAUGGAGUAUAUCAAAGUAACUUUCUGUUGCCUAAUAGCAUCAACGUACUAUGGUACUACCACACCACAGUACUCUUUUGUGAGGGAUAUAUCUUGUUACAUACCUCCAUUUAUCUAUAAACAGAUCUAUAUAACUAUAGCAAGGAAACACCAAAUAAAACGUACAUGUAUUUUACAUUUGGUCAGCUAUUGUAUGUUUGCAGACAUGAUCUUGUAUUUGUAGUCUUUGAAAAA